CGCCGUUUCUUAUUUGUAUUCCAGUCGUGUGCGUUAUAUGGAGUUUUUUGGAGUCAGUAUAAUACACGUGCGCUUGACCAACGCAGUACCGAAAUAGCCUCUUUCACAGCGCCAUCCACUAUUCGGUGCUGAGCAUCCUCCGUAGAAAGAUAACAAUGGAUAGUAUUCCAAAUGCCGACCAAAAUUUCACAACUCAAUAUGGUGCGAUCGAUUCGCAGCUCGUCGAGUUGGCCGAAAACAUCAAGCAACGGGGAAGGGAUGGGCCGCAUCCUCUAUAUAAGGAGACUGGACCCGAGUUCGUAAUGCCGAAGUUCCCAAUUGAAAGGAAGGAAAUGGAAAAUCACAUUCUGGCCUUGCGCUUGGGAAGGUCCAUCAGCUCUCUCGGCAGUGGAACGCAUUCGCCCAACAAUGACUUUGUGGAACGUGGGGAGUGGAAUUCAACCUCGAACAUUUUCACUGCUGAAGACACCGAACGACAUAAAAGUCGCUCGCUGUCUGAAAAUAUGCUGAAAGACCCCAACCAUGAAAUGGAUGGAGUGUGUACUCGCUCGACAAAUUAUUCCGAGCCCCUAGCAAUCAUGGUGCCCUCUUCCACACAAAUUGGUGAUUCAAAGUCAGCUCCGGGGCCUGUAACUCCUAUUGGGCAGACGGACAACAACUCUGAUCAGAAUGAGUCUGUCAAUGGAGAAGAUUUUACAUUGGAUACAGACCUGUUGAGCAGAUCUAUGCGUCGUCUAAUGUCAAUCCCAUGUUCAGCUGGUGCUGCUGGUGAGAUCUCUUUGCUAGGCCCCGGACUUUCGGCACCAAGUACUUGCACAAUGUAUACGGAACUUGCUCCUAUGCUACAAGAAGAGGAGGAUACGGUUGAGGCCAAUAUCGAGUCAGCUGCAGUUGAGUUCCAACGUGUACAGAUAUGUGGAGAUGACACCCUUGAGGUUCCUGUGGAUGAACUACACGUGGCCGCGGAAGCCCUUAUCAAAGCACUACAGUUGCGACAAAAGUAUAUGACAAUCUCGUCACAAUACUUCCAUCUGACAACCGGGCGUUAUUUGGGCGCUUUGAAUUCCGGUUCUUUAAAAUUGUUGGAGUCACAAGAAAAACUCUUCCGGUCGGUGCGCAGCCCGGCUUCUGAUCACCCGAUCAACCCACCAGAGACAACCGGUGACCCUUUCACAGUCACUUACUGGCCGGAACCAGUGGAUGUCAGUCUGGAAUUCCGAAAAGGCAUCAUGCACGUCUUACCUCCGAGUGGAGGCCGUUUCGGAUCAACUGGAAACAACUGGGAAUUCGUGGUACCGAGUCUCAGUUCCUACCUAGCCGAUUAUGACAUGAUUCGUGCGUUUGUUGCUGACGGUCCUCUCAAAUCUUUUUGCUAUCGCCGUUUGACUUACCUCGGUUCGAAAUUCGCCCUGCACUCAUUACUGAACGAGGCUAGGGAGUCGUUGGAGCAAAAACGAGUUUCUCAUCGUGAUUUUUAUAAUAUCCGAAAAGUGGACACGCAUCUUCACGCAGCCUCUUGUAUGAACCAGAAACACCUUUUGAGAUUUAUCAAAAAGACUAUUCGAACCAAGGGAGAUGUGCUUGUUUGCGAAGAUCGAAAAACAGGUCAACCGAUGACUUUGCAACAGCUGAUAGACCAAGUGGGUGUUACCGCCUAUGAUCUGAGUAUCGACAAUCUGGAUGUUCAUGCGGAUCGCAACACCUUCCAUCGGUUCGAUAAGUUCAACGCGAAGUACAAUCCCAUCGGUCAAAGUCGACUUCGAGAAGUCUUCCUCAAGACGGACAAUUAUAUUAAAGGCGUUUUCUUUGCCCAUGUAUUGAAGGAAGUGUUUGCAGAUUUGGCCGAGUCCAAAUAUCAGAAUGCAGAGCCGCGACUGUCAAUCUACGGACGUUCUAUUAAUGAGUGGGAUAAUCUCGCCAAAUGGGCCAUAAAUUGUCAGGUUUACUCCGAUAACGUGCGUUGGCUGAUCCAAGUACCACGUCUGUUUGACGUAUAUCACGCGAAAGGUUCAAUGAAAUAUUUUCAGGAUAUUCUUACCAAUGUGUUUCAACCGUUGUUUGAAGUAACAGCGGACCCCAAAUCCCACCCAGAGCUGCNCAUUCCUGCAAAUGUAACAGGAUUUGACUCUGUUGACGAUGAGUCCAAAUCUGACAAGCUCGUUUUCAAUCAUACAACUCCAACACCAGAGAACUAUUGUCUUCCGGAGAACCCGCCCUAUUCCUACUACAUAUUUUAUAUGUACGCGAAUCUUACCCAGCUGAACCAGUUCAGAAGCUACCGUGGUCUGAACACUUUCGCUUUGAGACCACACUGUGGAGAGGCUGGCAAUCUUCACCAUUUGGUGACAUGUUUCUUGCUUGCCGAAAGUAUUAAUCACGGUCUGCUUCUUCGCAAGGCUCCUGUUUUACAAUACCUGUACUACCUGGCACAGAUUGGUAUCGCCAUGUCUCCACUGAGUAACAAUUCGCUCUUCUUGGACUAUCAUCGCAAUCCGUUGAACAGUUAUCUGUCCAAGGGAUUGAAUGUGAGCUUGAGCACCGACGAUCCACUUCAGUUCCACUUUACCAAAGAACCGCUUAUUGAGGAGUACAGUAUCGCCACUCAGGUGUGGAAGUUGACUUCUAUUGAUAUGUGUGAACUGGCUCGAAACAGUGUUCUCAUGAGUGGCUUUUCGCACACGAUUAAGUCCCACUGGCUUGGCCCCAACUACAUGCAAGAAGGUGUGAUGGGGAACGACAUCACUCGGAGCAAUGUGCCGAAUAUUCGAAUCGCCUACCGCUACGAGACAUUAACACAAGAAUUGCAUGUCCUUCUCCGGGCUCUACUGACUCGUCGUGGUUCGACUAAUCCAACAAGCUCGCCAGUCUCACCCUUAUCCACCGCCCCACACUCGCCAUCCAAAAGAAUGUCUGCGAAACUACCGAAAACACACUGAUAUGACCUCAAAUGUUCCUCAGCAUUUUGUCUUUCUGUCUGUUUUGCGACACACUGAUCACACUUCUGGUCUCGUCAGCACUAUUGAACAGAUCGUAUAGAUGUCCUUCCUUACCGUUGUCGUACAACUUCAGAGCCGUUUUAUUAGUUUUUACUAAAUCGUCUAUCUGUUCCACCACUAAUCACGAUCGCAGACGAUUUUCAGAUAUUUUUGUCGCUAUUCUGUGUUCAGUUGCACAUUAUUCGUGAUCAUUCUUCAUUCAGCUGCACCUUCAGUCUAUGGCUGUUGCUUACGAAGGUUCAUGCAUUUUUGCGAGUAUUUCAGCUGCGUUUCUUUUGCGUUAUUUUUGUCCACACACACACACACAAAUGCAUAUGUCGACUGAUCUGUUCCAAUGUGCCAUUAUCCAGAAUUGUUAUUUAUUA